AGGGUAAGUCUCACACAAUUUCAAUAUUUUGAAUCAUUUCUUUCAAAUAAAAUAAAUAAAAACAAUUAAAUUAAAUAAUGUUGCUGCGAAAGGUAAAAUGACUGUUAUAGGGCUCUUACACAGAUUAGCUGUGCGGACGCCCCUAAAAUUCACACCAACCACCGCCACCGUAUCGCCGCCUCUGUCCGCCACCGUCCACACAACCUUCGGCCCCUCCACCACCAUGAGCGCCGCAAGCACCGCCGCAGCCCCCCUCGACGCCCUUUUCAAGCAGAAAAAGGCCCUACGCUUCCAAGUCAAGAGGGAGCUCAGAUCAAUGGACCCGAUGCUCAGAUCUCAAGAAGAUGAUGCUAUACAGAGGAUUGUGUUGGAAGCUCCGUGGUUCAAGUCUUGUAGGAGGCUCUGCGCUUAUAUAAGUUGUGGGGCUUUGAGAGAAGUUGAUACAGCUAAAGUGAGAAAGAAGCUUUAUGUUCCUAGAGUGGAAGACAAGAAUAGUUUCAUGCGAAUGCUAAAUAUCUCUGGCAUGGAUGAUUUGAUUGCAAACUCCAUGGACAUACUGGAACCUGCUCCUUGUGAUGCUGAGGGAAACGAACGUGAAGAUGUUAUGUUUGCGAGUGAACCAGUUGACCUGUUUAUUUUACCUGGACUUGCUUUUGACAAAUCUGGAAGACGUUUGGGACGAGGUGGAGGUUACUACGACACCUUCCUCACGAAAUAUCAGGAGCUCGCAAAAGAUCGGCAGUGGAAGAAGCCUUUGUUCGUUGCUCUUUCUUAUUCACGGCAAAUAUUGGAAGAUGGUGUUAUACCAAUCACUCCAAACGAUGUGCCGGUUGAUGCCCUCGUCUUAUCCUCGGGUGUAAUCCCUAUUAGUCGAGCAGCUCGUGAGGUGUGUAAUAUUUGAGAAUGGCUUUUUGCUGCAAGCUUCAGCUUCGAUUGAAGGAUUCGAAACUGUGCCCUUACGUGUACGGGCAUACGGGUGGCGAUAUUGGGAGAUUUUUUUUUUCCAUUAAUGGGUGCAUUUAUUUAAAUUAACUAGAAUAUUAGUCAUGCAUAAGAGAUUUCUGAAGGAAAUCAAUUUGUUCACAUUCAAAAAACUUGUAACUCUCUGUAUUUUUCUCGGAAAAGUUGCAGUUUUAGUCUAUUAAUUGUUGUUUCUCAUUUUUUGGUCCAAAUUGAUCCAAUAAUUCUAAAAUUUAAGAGUUAUUGGACCAAUUUCGGCGGGAUCGAAAUUUGACCAAAUUGGCUAAAAUUGAAGAGUUAUUAGACCAAUUUCGG